UCACACAUGGGUGCCCCACCCACCCCCUCAUCUUUUUUAGAAAGAAAAAGGCUUAGAGAACCAAACGUCUUUCAAGUUUCACCCCCCAAAAUAGUUGUCUUUAACCCUUACAAGGGAAAAUGAUUUUAAGCCCUUUGUUCAAAACAAAGUUUACUUUCAUUUAACCUCUGUUGGGCAACCACUUAGUUUGAUUUGUGAUCCCUGACCUUGUUAAUUCCUUGCUUGACGGCAUACCCUUUUGUUCAUACACAAAGUAAAAGCAAACUAUACUGUGUUCCUUGCAGAUCAGAGCUUAAAGACAACAUGGGUACUUUCUGAUUGCUCCUCCUUCCAGAAGAUCUUCCUCUUUUUCUUCCUUUUUCCAUUUCUUUCUCUCUCCCUUUUGUAUUACCUCAUGCUUUGUUUUGUAGCUUCCAUUCUUAAAUGAGUCUUCGAGUAAUAGUAACGUAAGAAAACAAUCUCCGUCUCCUUUUAAGUCCUUUUCUUUUUUCUUUCUUUUUUGCUGUAUGGAUUCUGGUAAUAGUGGUAGUAUGCAAUCUUCGAGUGGUGAUAGUGAAGAGUAUGAUUCACACAGUGAGUCAAUCUCAGCUCUUUUGGACAAUAACGCAUCGAGUCAUAUUGGUCAUGGUGACUUGGUUAACCAACCACCGCAGCUGCCGUCUCCACCUCCGCAACGCCAGCAAUACCAGAACCACUCUUCAUCGGCUAUGUUUGACCCUUUAUCAAACUACUUUGAUCAAAGAUCACAGCAUCUUACAACAAACCCAAAUCCUCUUGGAAAUCUUGAUGCUGUUUGGUCCAAAAAUCUAAGAUCUGAGUCCGGUAGCCCUGGUGUUGGUGGGUUCGUAGCUUCAUCAUCUCCAACACAACAACAGUUGACCAACACCAACCAACAAGCGCAAAGCAGAGCCACUUUUCCUUCUGUGCAAAUCCCUCAAGGACCCGACAGUGAUACAAGAAGUUCAGUCUCAGGCGUGAGGGCGCGGAACACUAAGAAGAGAUCAAGAGCUUCAAGGCGUGCACCAACAACUGUUUUGACCACAGACACCACUAAUUUCCGAGCCAUGGUUCAGGAAUUCACUGGGAUCCCUGCAGCACCCUUUACGUCCUCAGCUUUCCCGAGAACUAGGCUUGAUAUAUUUGGUGGUACACCCUCCUCCACUCUAAGAUCUCUUCAUUUACACCCUUCAACUUCGCAUUAUCUGUUAAGACCAUUUGCCCCCCAAAUCCAGUCUCCCUCGUUUGUUUCCUCUUCUGUAGCUUCUACUCCUAUUACCAAUAUCACUUCUGCUUCCGCUACUAACGACAGCACUACUACUAGUUCAACCCCCAUUAACUACCAACUACCAUCAGAGUUAGGCCUUUUAAAACAGCCUCAAAAUCUCCUCAACAUCAACAUGCAAAACCCAAUUCUUAACUUCCAACCUCUCCUUCGAGACCCUAAAAAAUACCCACUUCCCAAUUCAACCAUUCAAGGGUGCUUAGAUAUUCCAUCAAAUGGCACUCCUCUCAAAAUGGGUGUUUUAGAAGAUGAGUUUGGGUUGAGCCAGGGUCACGUUAAUACCGACCUCUGUGGGGUCCAAAACAUGGUAUCAUCAGAAGGGGCAUUGCCAAGAAAUGAAAGAAGAGGAUUCCAAGAACAUGAUCAAAGUCUUCCACGGUCCAUCAAUGGAAGCUACAACAGUAACUCCCACAGAGUCUCGAAUGGGAAAGAGGAGAGCUUGUCUUCUUCGGAUUUUAAUGGCGAUAAAGGGGCAGAAGAAAAUGUGGCUACAAGAAGUGAAGGUAUGGUGGAAUCAUGGAUAUGCUCUUCAGAUUAGGAGUAUCUAUAUAUUACUAAAAAAUAUUGAAGGAGAUGAUGCAUGAGAGAGAUGGAAUCUUUCUUGUUCUCUCCCAUAUUAACCAUGACUUGAACAUAAUUGAUAACAGUAGUCCCCCCGUUUAAACCCAGUCCUUUUUAUUUACAAGUAUUUAUCAAAAAAAUAUUAUAUAUAUGUAAAUGGUUCUGCUUUUGUUUUAAUUUCGAAUUUUAAAUUUCUUA